UAUUAUUGUAUAACUUUUGUAGACAAAUUAUACAUGUAUAUACGUUAUUUGUAAACCUGCACUAGGUUUCUCCAUUUCUUUUCUAAGUUUACAGCAAUGUUUUCCUGAAAUAUAGCUGUUGUACAAGUAUCUGAUCAGAGUUUUUAGGAAGAUGUUGUGCGGAAGUAUACUUUCCCUAUCUAAAUGCUCCUUAACUUAUUUGAAGGAAACGAGUUAAUACGAGAAUAUUUUUUCGCCGGGUACACUUACAGCGAGAUUAUAACAAUUUUGAAUCGACGUCAUGGCACUACGAUCAGCCUCAGACAGCUUAGCAGGCGCCUAAGGUUGCUUGGUCUUAGAAGACACAAUAUGCCAGGAAAUGAAGGCACAGUUAUUGAAGUUAUCCGUCGUGAAAUUGAGGGAAGCGGCUCCUCACUCGGAUACAGAGCUAUGACUCGACGUCUGCUGUCUUCGCACGGCAUAGUUGCUUCAAGACAAACGGUGGCUGCAGUUCAAAGAGAACUUGAUCCAGAAGGUGUCCGACUUCGGCAACAUCGCCAGUUCACACGUAGAAUCUACAUCAAUAAAGGACCCAAUUACUUGGUGCAUAUCGAUGGAUACGAUAAGCUGAAGCCGUACGGUUUUCCCAUCCACGGGGCAAUAUGUGGAUUUUCUAGAAAAAUACUUUGGCUGAAAGUUGCCAGAUCUAACAACGAUCCAAAAGUUGUAGCGACCUUCUUUCUGGAGUAUUUAAAUGCUAUAAAUGGUGAGAUACAAGUCAUGAAGUACUCGUACUACGGUACAGUUUAGCCUAAAGUGCCGGCCGAUCAACCCGUACGUUGUGGGUUCGAAUCUUACCAGGUGGCUACCUCGCCUCAUAAUAAUAUAACAGUACAUAUACUGUUUAAGCAGGAAGCGCACUGGAAAGUGACUCUAUAAGCCACAAGCUUUCUUCACAAUCGAGCUAUAAACAUUUGGCUGGCAGACUUACUUAGAAUGUCUGUCUUAGUCUUUUGCUGUAGUUGAUUAAAGUUUGUUCUCUAAUUCAGUUUCAAUAAUGUUAGGUUAUACCUGUAUUACCUUUAUUUUACAAUACACAAGAUGACUACUUUUAAGACACACCUUGUCGCAAAAGCAAUGUUUCUAAAUUUUUUAUUUCCGGCGAGAACCGUUCCCAAAAACAAGUAUUAAAGUUUCAGUUAAUUCUAAAUCUAUUUUUCACUACAGCGUAUAGAGCGUUGGUGGCUGUCAAACAGACAAGGUGGAUGUCAGUACUGGAUAGAUCUCUUUAAAGAUAUGGAAAACGCUGGACUUCUCUCAACAAGUGACGAACUACA